GGUGAGAAUCGAGAAAAAUGAACCAGCGUGCGACGAAGAGACCUCGUUCCCGGGUUCUCAGUCCCAGUUGUUUGGAAGGGGGGGUGGGGUACGGUCCAGGUUGAGACUUGCCUGGCAAGCCCAGGAGAUUCAUCCUGGGAAAGGAGGGCGGCGGUGGAAGAGGGAGGAGUCGAGUUUGGCGCGCGGACGCCCAGCGGCUCCCAGGAGGAGGGGCAAGGACAAGGUUACGGCUUGUCUGGCACGCGCUGGAGCUGGGUCCAGGAUGGGUUGGGGGGAGGAGUCGAGUUUGGCUCUCGCGCACCCGGCAGUCCCACGGGGAAAGUGGGGGCGGGGGAAGGAGGGAGAGCAGGUGGAUCUGCGCUGGCGCGCGGGGGCGCGGGAGGGCGGCGGCGGCGGCGCGGGGGGCGAGGGGGUGAUGUGGCACCGUUCUCGAGCUGCUCCUCUCCUGGCUUAGAGGCAUCCAGCCGGCGGCGGGAGGCGCGGACCCGCGGGGCGGUGACGAGGCUGAGGGGGCGGAGGCCGCCGCGGGGCACGAGCCGCGCCGCAGGUGACCAAGAGGAGGAGGAAGGGGAGAGAUAACAAGCUGCAUCCUCUGUGCAGAGGGCGGGGAGGGGGAAUAAUAAAAAUAAAAUAAUAAACAACAACAAACAUACGCCGUGCAGAAGACGGGCCGGUGCCCCCACCUUCCCGGCAUGAGCAUCUCCCUUCCUUCUUUCGAGCACUGAGGAGGAGCUGGGUGCGACUCGCCCGAGAUGCCCCAACUAGAGGCGGCUUAGUAGGCUCGGGCUCCAGAGGAAGGAGCCCCAGGGUGGGCCUGGAGAUGGCGGCCCGGAGCGCCCCAAACUGCCACCUGCGGCUGGAAUGGGUGUACGGCUACCGUGGCCAUCAGUGCCGCAACAACCUCUACUACACCGCAGCCAAGGAGAUCGUCUACUUCGUGGCUGGGGUCGGCGUAGUGUACAGCCCUCGCGAACACCGGCAGAAGUUCUACCGGGGCCACAGCGACGACAUCAUCAGCCUUGCAUUGCAUCCUGAACGAGUGUUGGUAGCAACUGGCCAAGUUGGGAAAGAGCCAUAUAUCUGUGUCUGGGACUCGUACACAGUACAGACUAUAUCAGUGCUUAAGGAUAUUCAUACACAUGGUAUAGCUUGUUUAUCAUUCGACUUGGAUGGGCAACGCUUGGUAUCUGUAGGACUGGAUUCAAAAAAUGCAAUAUGUGUUUGGGAUUGGAGAAAAGGAAAAAUGCUAUCUAUGGCUCCUGGACAUACAGACAGAAUAUUUGAUAUUUCUUGGGACUUGUAUCAACCAAAUAAACUUGUCAGUUGUGGUGUAAAACAUAUUAAGUUCUGGAGUUUGUGUGGAAAUUCUUUGACUCCAAAGCGAGGUGUCUUUGGUAAGGCUGGUGAUCUUCAGACAAUAUUGUGCCUUGCCUGUGCAAGAGAUGAAUUAACAUAUUCUGGUGCACUCAGUGGGGAUGUCUAUGUAUGGAAAGGAGUCAAUCUUAUACGUACGAUACAGGGAGCACAUACGGCAGGAAUUUUCAGUAUGAAUGCAUGUGAGGAAGGCUUUGCUACUGGUGGCAGAGAUGGCUGUAUUCGCCUCUGGGAUUUAACUUUUAAACCAAUUACUGUAAUUGAUCUCAGGGAAACAGACCAGGGAUACAAAGGUUUGUCUGUCAGGAGUGUUUGUUGGCGAGGAGAUCAUAUCCUAGUUGGAACACAAGACAGUGAAAUUUUUGAAAUUGUGGUGCAUGAACGAAACAAGCCUUUUCUGAUUAUGCAGGGACACUGUGAAGGUGAACUUUGGGCCCUGGCAGUACAUCCAACUAAGCCUCUUGCUAUGACUGGAAGUGAUGACCGGUCAGUCAGAAUAUGGAGCCUAAUAGAUCAUGCAUUGAUAGCAAGAUGUAAUAUGGAGGAACCAAUCCGUUGUGCAGCUGUUAGUACAGAUGGAAUCCAUCUUGCCCUUGGAAUGAAGGAUGGUUCUUUGACUGUACUUCGAGUAAGAGAUAUGACAGAAGUUGUUCACAUUAAAGACAGGAAGGAGGCUAUUCAUGAAUUAAAAUAUUCACCAGAUGGGACUUUCCUUGCUGUUGGAUCAAAUGAUAGCUCUGUUGAUAUUUAUGGAGUUGUCCAGCGGUAUAAAAAAGUUGGAGAAUGUGUUGGAUCCCUUAGUUUCAUCACUCAUCUGGACUGGUCUUCAGACAGUAGAUAUUUACAGACCAAUGAUGGAAGUGGAAAAAGACUGUUUUAUAGGAUGCCAAGUGGAAAAGAAGUGACAAAUAAAGAAGAAAUGAAAGGUGUUCAAUGGGCUUCAUGGACUUGUGUUUCGGGCCUUGAAGUUAAUGGAAUUUGGCCCAAGUAUUCUGAUAUGAAUGAUAUAAAUUCUGUAGAUGGAAAUUUUAUUGGCCAAGUUUUAGUUACUGCUGAUGACUAUGGAAUUAUAAAACUAUUCCGAUAUCCUUGUUUAAGAAAAGGAGCCAAAUUUAAAAAAUAUAUUGGUCAUUCAGCUCAUAUAACCAAUGUUAGAUGGUCACAUGAUUAUCAGUGGGUUAUUUCUAUUGGUGGAGCAGAUCAUUCUGUCUUUCAGUGGAAAUUUAUUCCUGAGAGAAAACUAAAGGAUUCCCUUCACAUAGCACCACAAGAAAGUCUGGUUGACUCUAAUAGUGAUGAAUCAGAUUCAGACCAGUCUGAUGUUCCAGAAUUGGACUCUGAAAUUGAACAAGAGACUCAGAUCACAUAUCAUCGACAGGUUUACAAAGAAGAUCUACCUCAACUUAAAGAGCAGUGCAGAGAAAAACACAAGAAUGCUACGUCUAAAAGAAGAGUGCGAGCCCCAGGACAGAGUAUACGGUUACAUUUUGUACAUGGUUACAGAGGUUAUGAUUGUCGGAGUAAUCUGUUUUACACUCAGAUUGGUGAAAUUGUGUACCAUGUUGCAGCUGUGGGUGUAAUUUAUAAUCGACAACAGAAUACACAACGAUUUUAUCUGGGUCAUGAUGAUGAUAUUCUGUGUCUGGCAAUUCAUCCUUUAAAAGAUUAUGUGGCAACAGGCCAGGUAGGUAGAGAUCCUGCAAUACACAUAUGGGAUACAGAGACCAUUAAACCAUUGUCAAUAUUAAAGGGCUAUCAUCAAUAUGGUGUUUGUGCUGUUGAUUUUUCAGCUGAUGGCAAACGUUUGGCUUCUGUUGGAAUAGAUGAUAGUCAUACUAUUGUGUUAUGGGACUGGAAAAAAGGAGAGAAACUCUCAAUUACGAGAGGAAAUAAAGAUAAAAUUUUUGUUGUGAAGAUGAACCCAUAUAUGCCUGACAAACUGAUUACUGCUGGUAUUAAACACAUGAAAUUUUGGAGGAGAGCAGGAGGAGGAUUGAUUGGGAGAAAAGGCUACAUAGGUCCCUUGGGGAAAGGUGACACAAUGAUGUGUGCAGUGUAUGGCUGGACUGAAGAGAUGGCAUUUUCUGGAACUUCAACAGGAGAUGUGUGCAUCUGGAAAGACAUUUUUCUCAUAAAAACUGUCAAAGCACAUGAUGGACCAGUAUUCAGUAUGCAUGCUCUAGAAAAGGGCUUUGUAACUGGAGGAAAGGAUGGAGUAGUGGCUCUCUGGGAUGAUUCCUUUGAAAGGUGCCUCAAAACCUAUGCCAUCAAAAGAGCUUCUUUAGCUCCAGGGUCUAAAGGACUUCUUUUAGAAGACAACCCUUCUAUACGUGCCAUAUCAUUAGGACAUGGUCAUAUCUUAGUAGGCACAAAGAAUGGUGAAAUACUAGAGGUAGAUAAAAGUGGACCUAUUACUCUGCUGGUUCAGGGUCACAUGGAAGGAGAUGUGUGGGGUUUAGCUACCCAUCCUCAUUUGCCUAUUUGUGCAACUGUAAGUGAUGAUAAGACCUUAAGAAUAUGGGAUCUAUCUCCUAGCCACUGUAUGUUAGCUGUCCGGAAACUGAAGAAGGGAGGAAGGUGUUGUUGUUUUUCUCCUGAUGGGAAAGCUUUAGCUGUAGGUCUCAACGAUGGAAGUUUUUUAAUGGUGAAUGCAGACACCUUAGAGGAUCUUGUCUCCUUUCACCAUAGAAAAGAUGUUAUUUCAGAUAUUCGCUUUUCACCUGGUUCUGGAAAAUAUCUAGCUGUGGCGUCCUAUGACAGCUUUGUAGAUAUCUAUAAUGUAAUGAGUAGUAAGCGAGUAGGAAUCUGCAAAGGUGCUACCAGUUACAUAACACAUAUUGACUGGGAUUUAAGAGGAAAGCUUUUACAGGUCAAUACUGGUGCUAAAGAACAAUUAUUCUUUGAAGCUCCACGAGGGAAAAAACAGAUUAUUCCUAGUCUAGAGGUAGAAAAAAUUGGUUGGGCAUCAUGGACAAGUGUGCUUGGUUCUUCUUGUGAGGGAAUUUGGCCAGUAAUUGGAGAAGUCACAGAUGUAACUGCCUCAUGUCUUACAAGUGACAACAUGGUCCUAGCCACUGGUGAUGAUUUUGGAUUUGUGAAGUUAUUUAGAUAUCCAGCUAAAGGAAAAUUUGGAAAAUUUAAGAAGUAUGUUGCUCAUAGUACACAUGUUACAAAUGUUCGCUGGACUUAUGAUGACAGCUUAUUGGUCACAGUAGGAGGUCAAGAUACAUCUCUUAUGAUUUGGACAUAUGAAUUGGAAGGUUAUCGUGAAAAAAGGCCAUGUGAUAGUGAGGAAUCUGAUAUAGAAUCUGAGGAAGAUGGAGGAUAUGAUAGUGAUGUUACAAGGGAGAAUGAGAUUACUUACACCAUAAGAGCCUUAUCAACAAAUAUCCGGCCAAUGUUUGGAAUCAAACCUCAUUUACAACAAAAAGAACCUACAGUGGAUGAAAGACCACCAGUUAGUAGGGCAUUACCACAGCCUGAAAAACUUCAGACAAAUAAUGUUGGCAAAAAAAAGAGACCUAUUGAGGACCUCGUAUUGGAACUUGUUUUGGGAUAUCGAGGCAGAGAUUGCAGGAACAAUAUUCACUAUUUGAAUGAUGGUGAUGAUAUAAUUUAUCACACUGCGUCAGUUGGGAUCUUACACAAUGUGGCAACAGGCUCUCAGAGUUUUUAUCAGGAACAUAACGAUGAUAUUCUGUGCCUCACUGUAAAUCAGCACCCCAAAUUUAUCAACAUAGUGGCAACUGGCCAAGUAGGAGACUCAGCAGACAUGUCAGCUACAGCUCCUUCUAUACACAUCUGGGAUGCAAUUAAUAAGCAAACCUUGUCUAUAUUACGAUGUUACCAUUCAAAAGGCGUAUGUUCUGUCAGCUUUAGUGCUACUGGCAAACUGUUGCUUUCUGUGGGUCUGGACCCAGAACAUACCAUUACCAUUUGGAAGUGGCAGGAAGGUGCCAGAAUUGCCAGCAGAGUUGGCCAUAACCAGCGUAUUUUUGUAGCAGAAUUCAGACCAGAUUCAGAUACUCACUUUGUUUCAGUGGGAGUGAAACACGUCAGGUUCUGGACCUUGGCUGGAAGAGCUCUGCUUAAUAAGAAAGGGCUGCUGAGUACCUUAGAAGAUGCCCGGAUGCAAACAAUGCUUGCUGUAGCUUUUGGAGCAAAUAACUUGACAUUUACAGGUACCAUCAGUGGAGAUGUCUGUGUUUGGAAAGACCAUAUUCUGAUUCGCAUUGUGGCCAAAGCUCAUAAUGGACCUGUCUUUGCAAUGUACACAACCCUGAGAGAUGGGCUUAUAGUCACAGGUGGCAAAGAACGACCGUCAAAAGAAGGAGGAGCCGUUAAGCUUUGGGACCAAGAACUGAGACGAUGCCGUGCCUUCAGACUAGAAACAGGACAAAUCACAGAUUGUGUUCGCUCUGUCUGUAGAGGCAAAGGAAAGAUAUUAGUUGGUACUAAGAAUGCUGAAAUAAUUGAAUUAGGAGAGAAAAAUGCAGUGUGUAACAUUUUAGUUAAUGGUCAUAUGGAUGGACCAAUCUGGGGACUUGCAACACAUCCUUCAAGAGAUUUUUUCCUUUCUGCUGCAGAAGAUGGUACAGUGAGACUCUGGGAUAUUGCUGAUAAAAAGAUGCUAAACAAAGUCAAUUUGGGUCAUGCUGCCCGUACUGUGUGCUACAGCCCUGAAGGAGACAUGGUGGCCAUUGGCAUGAAAAAUGGAGAAUUCAUUCUUUUGCUAGUGACUUCUUUAAAAAUAUGGGGAAAGAAAAGAGACAGGAGGUGUGCUAUUCAAGACAUCAGGUUUAGUCCAGAUUCCAGAUACUUAGCCGUGGGUUCUAAUGAGAAUGCAGUGGAUUUUUAUGACCUAACAUUGGGCCCCAGCCUUAACAGAAUCAGCUACUGCAAAGACAUCCCAAGCUUUGUUAUUCAAAUGGACUUUUCUGCUGACAGCUGUUAUCUUCAGGUCUCCACUGGUUCAUAUAAACGACAUGUCUAUGAAGUGCCUUCAGGAAAACAGCUGGUGGAUCAGGCAACCAUUGACAGAAUAACUUGGGCUACCUGGACUAGCAUUCUAGGAGAUGAAGUGGUUGGAAUAUGGUCAAGACAUACUGAGAAAGCUGAUGUCAAUUGUGCCUGUGUGUCUCAUUCAGGAAUCAACCUGGUAACUGGAGAUGACUUUGGCAUGGUCAAACUAUUUGAUUUUCCAUGUCCAGAAAAAUUUGCAAAAUACAAAAGGUUCUUAGGUCACUCUGCACAUUUGACCAAUAUUCGGUUUACAAGUGGUGAUCGACAUGUUGUUAGUGCUGGAGGGGAUGACUGCAGCUUAUUUGUCUGGAAAUGCAUAUAUAUGCCACACUGAAGAUGAAUGGAAUACUGAGGGGACACUAUGUGAAGUAACUCAAGAAUACAAUAAGAGAAGCCUUUGCAUGAUCAAGAAAUGGUGCUAACCCCCCAAGAUGAAUCAAACUUGGGGAAAUGCCUAGAAUUUUAGUUAGAAAGAUUAUUAAUUCAAAAUAUUUGCUUUAGUACUUAAUCAUGUUGAUAUGUUCACUGCCAGAUUAUCAAAAUAUUCAGAUAAAUCAGAGUUAGAUGUGGACUUCACGUAAAAUCCAGGAUUUUAUUUUAAACACAAAUUAUUAUUUUCAAGGUUUUCUGUAUCAACUUGGCAAAGCCAUAAGGUACAUGUUAUUGGGUAUUUUUGGUAUAGGUGAAGGAUUUUUAUUCUCUAUGUUCCCAACUCUUCUAGUUUUAUUCUCUUCUCUAACCUUAUUACUACAAUUACAAGGCAUCUUUCUACCCCAUUCUUAUCCACCACUACCCCAAAAAAGAAAGCAAAAAGCAUUGGUUAUUCCUGAUCUAAACCUGAAAAAUGGUAGUUUAAAAAAAAAAAGUCAGUAAUGCUGAAAAUAUUUUUUGAAGGCUACCUAUUAAAUAUAUGUUCUAAUUUUUCCUAAGGAAAGUAUAAUUUAAAAAUGCAAAUGUCUUAUUCAUUUCUGCAAAUUGGAAGCAGACUAAAGACUGCAAUGGCUUUAGUAAAUUUUCCUUGAAAAAAUGAUUCAAACUGUCAUGUCCCAUACCUGGCAAAUCAAGUGUUUGCUAAAAACACACAUGAAGCUGCUCUCAUAGAUCUCUCACCCUGACUUAGAAACAGUUUUUUUCCACUUUGUGAGUACCUUGUCCAAGGAUAGAAAGUAUAACUCUAGUUAUUACUGCUUUGUGAAUAAAUCCACAGUGACAGCCCCACAAUAUUUGCACUCUCACUUUUUUUUCCCUAAGGUUCAUUAUCUAUGUAAACACUAAAAGAACAUUUUAGCAACCUAUAUAACAGAAAAUUGGGAAAAUCAUUUUCAUGUUAUUUGAGGGAUAAACUACUCAUUUUCAAUGAAAGAUUUUUAAAUGCAAAGAAAUUUUAGACAGGAAUAAAAAUCAACUAGAAUAUAGCAUAUUUGAAAAACAUAACUGAUUUAUGUUUUGUUAAGAUUUAAAUUGGUUUUUUUCUGAGGUCUCUUCCAACCAUGGGACUCAGUACUACUAUAAUUUUUAAAAAAUACUAAAUCAUUUGAUUUAAUGAACAUUGUUGUUUCAAAAUUUAACACAUUAAAAUUACUUAGUUGACUUAGAUGAAUGACAUACGUAUAACUGUUCCCAUUACUUACUACUGAAAUCCAGUACCUCACAUUGAUUUAUUUGUUGGAAAUUAACUUUAAAUAUAUCCAAAAAUCUAAACUGAGCUGACUCCCUCCCCUCCCUCCCUCCUCCUCCUGGCACCCAGUGCUAAAGGCAGAGACACUUGAAAUAAAUGGUAGACUAUUCCUUUAAGCCACUGGAGUACAAAGUUUUGAAUGCAUAGAUAGUAUCCCAAUAACUUAAUUUAACAAGAUUUUCAGAUUUAUCUAACAUGCUUCCAGAUUGGCUCGUGUAGCAAAUAUAAAAAUGAUUUACUUUCAUGAAGAAUGCCAAGAUUUUGCUGUAUGAUGUGAAAUUCAGGCCACUGUUUGUGACAAAGGCAGAUCAAAAUUCUGUUUUCUCUCAGGCAAAAAAUGUUAGAUGAAUAACAUCUCAAGAUCUUCUAUUAUAAAACUAGUUGUCUCAUCUUUAUUACAAAAUUCCAAAUAACAUUUCCAGGUAUACAAGUUCAUUUGGAAAGAUAGCUGAAAAUAUAUUCCUUCAUAUCCCUUAGUUAAUAAACUUUUAAAAUCAAUGAAUUUUCCUUAAAUCCUUGAUGAAACUACUUUUAGGUUUCAGUCAUUUUCUUAAUCUUUUCUUAAGCACUUUCCAAUUAACAUGAUUUUCUCUAACAAUACAAUGCUACCUAAGAAGUAGAGAAAAGUCAUCUUUCAUAAGUUCAUUUUAAAGAUUUUAAUGUUCAUUCAGCACAAAACAUGACUAGGAAUUAUUAUUUCCUAUCAGUCAUAAGGCCAGUUAAGCAAUAGUAAAAUGUUGGGCUAUUGAAUAGGUAAAUCAACUCUGGCCAACUGCUUUUAAAGAAUUUAUCAUAGUUGCCUUUUUAUGUAUAUGUAGAAAACAGAGCUACAAUACUGAAGCUGUCACUUGAUUUAAUGUCUGUCUGAUGAAUUUAUAACUGGAAUUUAUUUGGCCAUAUUUCAUACAAAUCAAUAUGACAGUACUGAGUAGCAUGCUCACAUUUCCUCUAUGUAUCCCAUUUUUUUAAAAAUUAGCACUGAAAGAAAGUAGAGAGUUUUUCCCCCUUCAGGCAGUGCAUAGUAAGCACCCGUUGGGAAUGAGCUGUUUUGGAAAAUCAGGAACCUUAUGUCUUUUUCAGGUUAAGAGUACAGAUUUCAUGAUGUAUGUAUACCACUGAAAUUUGGCAGAUAUAAGAUUGCCUUAAAGCCUAAAAAAAUUAUGUUGCUAAUUGUACUUUCAAAAAUUAAGUUUGCAAAGGAUAAGGCAGGUCACAUGUAUAAACUGCCAUAUUUUAUUAGAACCUUUUCCAGUUUUGUUUUUAAAACCCAGAAAAUUAUUUUUGUGUGCAUGAUAUGAUUUAGCUGGUUAAUUUUAUCAACUUGUAACCUAGGACUUCCUUUUACCUAUGAUUACACCACUGGGUUUAUAAACACACAAGCAUGCCAAAGCCUACUAUGCACUCUUUGUACCAAUCACUGUGCUACUGUCAGACCAAAACCAUCUCCCUUCUUUGGUCCUCUGUUCUUGUUCAUUUUGGAUCAGCAUUUGUUUUAUGUGUAAUUUUCUACAUCAAAGUAACUUAAGAAACAAAGCACUUGAUAUUGUACAAAGUGAGAUAUUGUUACAUUUCAAGGUCAAGAAUGAGUUUAUACUUAGUAUGAUUUUCCUCCCCAGAUAAUUUAUUCAAUUUUCAACAGCUAUUCACCUUUUUUUAAGCAUACAUAUGGGUGAAGAUAAUUCACCUUUUAAAGAAUAGUCUAAGUUUCUUCCAAAAGGCCAUUUGAACCACCAUCUACUUUAUAAAAUCAUUAAUCACUGUCUGAAAGGCCUUGUUUCUCAAAGUAACUGUCAUUAAGUUUAAUAGAUUAGUUGAACAAGAAAGUAAAGGAACUAUCUUUUCCCCAAAAUCAAACAGCUUUGUACUUAUUUAGGAGGUGGAGGUUGGGGGUGGGGACAGGUAUGAGAUGGUUCUAUAAAUCUUUGCAUAUGGAAAAAAAGUAUUUUUAGUCUGCAUUUCCUCCUGUCCUGUUAAAUUAUGCCUUUAGAAUCAGCAUAAAAAAUUCUACCUUUUCUCAACUUUUCGAAAUAGGGAAGUUUCGAAAGGAGACUAUUAAAUUAAGUUGGUUCACUAUACAAACUAGGCAGGAUAUAGGAUGCACCAGGCCACACAAGAGUUAUUACACAUGUUUUUAAAUUAAUCCAUAUAAGGGAAAAGUAAACCCAAUAGUUCCUUGCCUUUUAUUUAAAUUUGUUUUUGAAAAUCAAUGUUUCCAUCUCUCCUUCAAAGCCAAUGGUCCAUAACUUCUAUAUUCUGUUUCAUUCUGAAGUAUGUAUAUAUGACAGUCUUUGCUUUUAACCAAAUGGAAUUUUUGUUCUGUGUUUUAAAUGGGCCCAAAGGUAUAGUCAUAUUAAAUUUAUCACACAUGAAAUAUAUAUUUUUAAUGCAUUCCUCUGUAUUCCGUAAUCCAUUUUGGCAUUUAAUUCUUCCAAUUAACUUUAGUCUUGUAAUCUUAAAAUGUAUAAUUAAUUCAGAUCUGCUUUAUAUUAAAAAAAAAACUAAUCCUGCAAGUGUGCUUCUCCACACAAUUAUAAUUCCUGGUGUGUUAAUUUUCGUAAUGUGAAGAUAUAUGUAUAGCUAUAUAUAUUUGUUAAAGCAGAGUCUAAAUUGUGUAGUCGUUUUCUGAUAUCCUAUGUGUGUAUAUAUAUAUAUAUAUACAUAUAUAUACUUGUAAAAAUUCUUUUGUAAAUUUUUUGUGAAAAUGUAGUUCCCCAAAAGAUUUACUGAAAAAAGCAUAUGUAACUGAAUAAUAAAUGAAAA